CAAGUUCAUAAUGCUGUCCGGCGGCGUGGUCAUGGAGAUUGGCGAGCUGCGGAAGGUGCUGGACACUCCGUUCACAACGCCCAGCAUGCACAUGAUGGGCACGCUGGACACUGUCAUCGAUGACUAUUCUUGAUUGUGAAGUGCAAUGAAGGCGUAUUGUCAACGACAUUAUUUCUUUUUCUUAUCAAGUGCACUGCUUAUUACAUUCGCUUUCUCACCUCUGCUUUUUCCAUUUUACUCUAGCCAGUACUGAAUAGGACUCGUGGGGCAAUGCCAGUCGAUACCAGCACAAGCAAGCUCCGCGUGUUGUGUUUGCACGGAUAUGAGCAGGAUGCCAGCGUGUUUCGCGUCAAGAUCAAGCACCUGGUGAGGGAGAUGGCCGAGCAGGUUGAAUUCGUGUUUGCUACUGCACCAAAUGUUCUGCGUCCCUUCGACUACUCGGGCAUGGACAGCCUGCUGCAGCAAUCGCUGAUUCAGUCGGGCAACACAAUAUCGCGCGUGCGCCAUGGCUGGUAUACGCAGCUCAGCGAUACUCCCGAGAUCACCCAUGGCCUCGAAAACAGCGUUGCGUACCUCCAGGGUAUGCUCGAGGAGCUGGGCCCCUUUGACGGCAUCUUUGGGUUCUCCCAGGGCGCGCUGAUGGCCGCUGCUAUGUGCUCACUGAUCGAAAAUAGCGUGUAUACCGGCCACCCACCGUUCAAAUUCGCUGUAUUGGCAUCUGGAUAUAAGCUCAGAGAUGCGAAAUGGACGUGGUUGUACGAUAGGCCGCUCAAGACGCCGUCGCUACACGUAUAUGGCGUGGUCGAUAGCAUGAUCCACAUCAGCCGCUCGGUCGACCUGAUGAACGCGUUUGCCAAUGCGCACGAGUACUGUUAUGUCGGCGGCCACUUUGUGCCUAAAUCACGGCAGUCAAUUGGCGUAAUAGCAGACUUUAUCCUGCAGUUCAGGUCAAAGUAAUAUAUGGCUUGGUGGCGCCCAGAAGGCUAAUUGCUAAUGUGCGCCACCCCAUUUGUACACAUACAGCGGCUGAUCUCAAGUAAUCGAUCAGUAUGUAUUAGCAAGAUAGUGUUGAGAUCAA